AGACUCAUAGACACCCGGCUGAACAUAUUAACCUAAUUUAGACUUAGACAAAAUGGAAAUUAUUUCAUUAAAACGAUUCAUUUUAUUGACUGUGGCAACUUCAAGCUUCCUAACAUCAAACACCUUCUGUACAGAUGAGUUCAUGAUGCCUCAUUUUCACAGCAAAGAAGGUGACGGAAAAUACUCCCAGCUGAGAGGAAUCCCAAAAGGGGAAAAGGAAAGAAGUGUCAGUUUUCAAGAACUAAAAGAUUGGGGGCCAAAGAAUGUUAUUAAGAUGAGUCCAGCCCCUGCCAACAAAGUGCCCCACUCAGCAGCCAACCUGCCCCUGAGAUUUGGAAGGACCAUGGACGAGAAAAGAAGCCCCGCAGCACGGGUCAACAUGGAGGCAGGGACCAGGAGCCAUUUCCCCAGCCUGCCCCAAAGGUUUGGGAGAACAACAGCCAGAAGCAUCCCCAAGACACCGGCUGGUUUGCCACAGAAACCCCUGCACUCACUGGGCUCCAGCGAGAUGCUCUAUGCCAUGAUCUGCCAGCAUCAAGAAGUUCAGAGUCCUGGUGGAAAGCAACCGAGGAGACGAACGUUUGUGGAAACAGAUGAUGCAGAAAGGAAACCAGAAAAAUAGGAAACCUCGAGCCCGACUUCAAGAGGCUACGGAGCUGUGACCUGUGGUCUGAGCAGCUCUGUGGUGUUGACAAGGAAGAGCAUCGAUGAGUGCCAUUAUUCCUGUCAGUUUAAGUUAUGUUGGUGGUUGUUAAACAGGAUCAAGGAUGCUUGUAAUGUAGACUUGAAGAAACUUUUGUCAGAAUAAAACAGUAUUGUAA